AUGGACUCCGGUGCGACAGACAUACCUAGCCAUGCAUAUUUUCCGGCCCGGAUCCAAACACAUAUAAAAAACCAGGGCUCAAACUCGUCUUCGAUGAGCCACGAUGUGAUGGCGAUGGCUGAGCCUAUCCCAUCACCGCGUCGAUGGUCUCCCACCUAUGUACCCAGAAGGCGAAGUAGACAGAUGCCCUCACUAUCAUUUGUACCCUCACCAGUGAUGCCGCGCAUAGAGUCGCAUGACUUUUCGACCUCAGUACCACGGCGCCCCACAGAUCGGGGCCCAGCUUGCAUGUCGCCCUUCCGCUCGGUUCGAAGAAUGAAAGAACCAUUUCAAUUAAUGCUUCCGUCAUCCCCGGUUUCCCUCGAUGGCCCUUCCCCCAACUUUCCUGAAAAGCCAAGCAGGCCGUCGAAAGCGCUGGCCGAUCACACAUUACGAACAUGGCGCUCAGACCAAAAUUUGACUUGUGGCAGCUUGGAGGCAUUCGGCCUUCUACCCAGCCCGCCUAUAUCAGAAUCACGGCCCGCAAGCACAGGUCCUGAGUUAUCUUACUUUGAUUCACAUUCCUCGGAGGGAUCAGGUCGAUCAAGUGAUGGGAAGGAUGAGAAGGAUAAGUCUGGUACUACUCAACCAGAAGGUUCCAGAACGGCCGCAACACAUGAAACCGGGGAAAGAAUACAAUACACAGCCUACCGUCCCCCGGAUUGGAAGAAUCAACCGCGAACAGAUGUCAUGAAUGUUCACGAAGCCCACUCGGAGUUCGUACGCCAGUGCGAGUCUGGCAAUGAACAGGAAUCACAACCUCAAUCUCCGAAGAAGCCUGCAUCUUCUCAACCAUCUCCGAAGCCAGAGUAUAGCGAGAGAGUCCUCGUUCCUGGCAGCUCCCCUAGACCCCGACGUCCUCGGACUGAAACAGUCUCUAGUGAAGCUAGCUGGGUGCCUAGUAACUUCUCAUACUGUGAAAGAUGGCUUCAAGGUGUCCCUGUUGACAAGGUGGAUGACCGAAAAGCAUCAACGAAGGAAUUCACCAAUCGGCGGAAAUUCCAGAUAGUUGAGAAUGAUCCUCCAAUGCCAAAACUGGACAUCAUCCCGGGAGCAAAAGCUCUCGAAGAACCUGUGAGAUUCGCGGUCGCUAGCAAGACAAAACCGAAACUUGUCGAUAUCGCUCGACAAUCAUCACCAUCGCCCCCACUGCUUCCACCGCCAUGCUUGCUGCCAAACACCGUACCAACUACCCCAGAUCAACGUCAAGAGGAAGUAUCCGCAUUUAGCCCGGACACUCCGCUUGAUAUGUCUGAUAGUGGUUACGGAACUCGCGACUCAGGCUAUUCCUUUGAUAGCUAUGAUGAUAGCAAAGUCGAUGAUGACGACGAUGCAUAUACCGACCCGGGUUCAUUGACCUCUUCGGACAGUGUCGGAUCGACCGUGAUAUGCGAGAAGCCUGAAUCCGCGCAGGGAGAGCGCGUGACAAGGCCACAACCUGAAAUCAGAUCGGGCAGUGUGAGCCCAAAGGCAUCAUCCCCAUCAACAACUCACUCACCGGGCCGAACGUCUAUCAUGUCCGAAAAAGAGGAUGAAAGGCCACGGAUCUUGCACCAUGACUGGACGCUGGAUGAUCAUGAAUGGACCCUAGAUGAACUCGACCACUCCGUCAAGGAUUUUCCUCGCCAUAUGCUCCGCCUCGCAUCCCCUGUCAUGGUAUUCCUUCGCAAGAACGACGAGAAGGCCCUCAUUAGGCCUUUCCGCACUAUAUUUCCCAAUGUCACGGAGAACCUACUCGACGGUCUCUGUGCUGCGCUCCUCGCUCGAAACUACCUCCAAUCUCUAUCAACCACAUACCGAACCAAGUCGCCCAUCUCUCCGCGCAAAGAUGCGUAUGCUAUCGACGGUGUCCCGAGAAAAGCAUUCAACACGCUAGGGAUCCAGCUUCCAUCUGGCUCUGCUAGCAAGCCCAAGGACACCCUUUUCAGCUCUCGCAGCACGGAGCUCCAGGCACACCUCGAACGAAUUGUGGACAACCUCCUAUUCGCCGUCUGCGGCCGAUCUGAUCCUACUUUGAAAUCGGCCGUUGAAGUUCUUGUCCAAGUGCUCGAAAGCAAUGCUUAG